AUGAUCCAAUGCCAUUACACCUAUUUUACUCUAUUGCCAACAUUCAAAACAAAAUCAACUUUAAAUGGUGUAAAGGUCACAUAUUCGUCUUGGGUUAAAUUGUUCAAGUUGCAUGCACAUGGGUACGAUGUGUUAAAGCACAUUGAAGGAAGCACUCCUCCGGUGAAGACAGACAUGAAUUAUGAGUCGUGGUCAAAAAUUGACGCCAUAGUCCUUCAAUGGAUCUAUAGAUCAUUAUCUGAUGAAUUAAUGGCUAGAGUUCUAGACACUGAUGCUACGGUGCGGCAAGCAUGGAAUCGAAUUCAAGAUAUUUUCCUCAACAAUAAAAGCUCACGUGCAGCAGCCCCCGAACAUCGGUUCAUCAACCUGACACUUGCUUCGUGUUCAUCCAUGGACGAGUACCAACAAAAACUCAAAGAUCUGGCAGAACAGUUGAAUGAUGUGGAUCACAUCGUGCCUGAAUCACGUAUAAUCCUACAAAUGGUAUGA